CGAUUCCUAAACCCUGGGUUUAGGAAUGUAUAGUGUGAAACGUCAUCUUAUGAAUACCCGGGAUUAAUUUUGACCCCGGGUAAAUUAUGAGAAUGUGAAACGUGAAACAAGAUAACGAGGAUUCCGUUUAUCCGGGGUUUAGAAUGACCCUGGGUUAACUAUUUCUAGUGUGAAAAGCCCAAUUAAAACCGAUGAAAACCCAAAUUAAGAAACAUGUCAGCUUAAAUCUUGAUUAUUUUUAGCUGUUUUAACUUAUUUUAAAAUUUUGUACAUUUGUUCAUAUUAACUGAAUGCCUUAGAAUACAGAUGUCUUUUUAAAGAAGACACUGGGCAGAUUAUUGCUGAUGUGAAAGCACUGUACUAACAUUUUUUAUAUAUAAAAUAUAUAUUUUUUUAAAUUAUUUGGACUCUGACUUGGCCAUAACCAAGUUGUGCUCCAAAUUGUUAUCACAAAAAUGUAGUUAUUUAGACGUUAUAAAAAUAUCUAUACCGGGUGACACUAACAAUUUGUUUUGUGAAGGGUGCACCUAUGCAGUAAAUUUUGUAAUAUGAAACAUAGGCCUACUCCUAGGGGAAGAAGCCCAUUUUAAAACGGUUUUCACAGGAUGUGAAAGAAUAAGUGUUUAAGCUUUCGUAUAAUGGUCUACCUAAUUUAUGACGAUUGCUAAAAUAUAUGAUAAAAAGGCAAUUAACAAAAAGUGCACCCUGUGUCCUGCUAGUGGGACACUGACAGUUAACAGGUUAAAAUCAAUAACAUGCAUUUAGAAAAUAGAUAGGGUUACUUUUCGACAGUUUCUGGAUGAUACUGACACCUAGUGGACAUAAUAUAUGAGUUUACAGACACGCAUUUUUUGCACACGUCUCUCAAACACAGAAACAGGAAACUCAGUUAAAAGAAACAAAAACUAAUUUGUUGUGAAGCUGUUGUAUGUCUUUCUUUAUUGUUGUACAUGCAGUGAAAUGGCUGAAGCCAGUGUUUCAGAGGAGCAGUUCAUCUGUGCAGUGUGUCUGGAUGUUCUGAAGGAUCCAGUGGCCAUUCCUUGUGGACACAAUUACUGUAUGAGCUGUAUUACAGACUGCUGGGAUCAAGAGGAUCAGAAGAGAGACUAUGGAGAGUCUAUAGUCUAUAGCUGCCCUCAAUGCAGAAACACCUUCAGUCCAAGACCUAGUUUAGCUAAAAACACCAUGCUGGCUGAAGUGGUGGAGAAACUGAAGAAAACCAAAGUCCAACAAACCAAACUCAAAGCUGCUGUUCCUGCUUCUCCUGGAGAUGUGGAAUGUGACGUUUGUACUGGAAGAAAACACAAAGCUGUCAAGUCCUGUCUGGUGUGUCUGGAAUCUUACUGUCAAACUCAUUUUGAGCGUCAUGAAGAGUUUCGCUCAGGAAAACCACACAAAGUGACUGAUGCCACUGGACGACUGCAGCAGAUGAUCUGCCAUCAACAUGAUAUGCCUCGAUUGGUUUUCUGCCGUACUGACCAGCAAUCCAUCUGCAUGCUGUGUGCAAUGGAUGAACAUAAAAACCAUGACACUGUAUCAACUGCAGCAGAGAGAGCUGAGAAAGAGAAACACUUGAAGGAGACACAGAGGAUAAUCCAACAGAGAAUCCAGCAGAGACAGAAAGAUCUUCAGCAGCUGAGAGAUGCUGUGGAGUCUCAUAAGCGCUCUGCACAAACAGCAGUGAAGGACAGUGAGAGAAUCUUUACAGAACUGAUCCGCUCCAUUGAGAGAAGCCGCUUUGAGGUGACAGAGCGGAUCAGAGAUCAGGAAAAGGCUGCAGUGAGUCGAGCUGAAGGACAACUGGAGCAACUGAAGCAGGAGAUUGAUGAUCUGAAGAGGAGAAACACUGAGCUGGAGCAGCUUUCACACACAGACGAUCACAUCCAUUUCCUUCAGAUCAUUUGCAGAUUUUUCUGUGUAAUGUAUUCCUGUAGUCUUCAGUCUCUCUCAGCUCCUCCUGAAUCCACAGACAACAUCUCUGUCAGUUUCCUCUUUUCUUUUGAUGGAGUGAAAGAAUCUGUCUGUCAGCUGAAACAGAAACUGGAGGAUUUUUGCAAAGAGGAGAUGAAAAAUAUAUCUGUCACACACAGUAACAUUGUUCCCAGGACCAGAGAUGACUUCCUACACUAUUCCCAUCAGCUCACUCUGGAUCCAAACACAGUGCAUAAAAACCUCUGUCUGUCUGAAGGGAACAGAGUGGCUACUUUCACUUACACACUCCAGCCGCAUCCUGAUCAUCCAGACAGAUUGAUGGAUGUUUUCAGGUGUUGUGUAGACAGAGUGUAUGGAUGCUGUUACUGGGAGGUUGAGUGGAGUGGGAGUCGUGGUGUGGGUAUAUCGUUGUCAUAUGAGAAGAUCAGCAGGAAGGGAAUUGAAGAUGAGUGUGAAUUUGGAUUUAAUGAUCAUUCCUGGUGUUUGUCCUGCUCUUCCUCCAGUUUCUCAUUCUGGCACAAUAAUAAAAAGACUAAACUCCCUGUACCCUCCAGUUCCAGGAGGAUAGGAGUAUAUGUGGAUCACAGUGCAGGAACUCUAUCCUUCUACAAUGUCUCUGACUCAAUGAGCCUCAUCCACAGCAUCCAGACCACAUUCACUCAGCCUCUAUAUCCUGGGUUUGUGGUUUGUCGUCAAUCAUCAGCAAAACUGUUAAUGUAGAUUAUAAUGUAGAUUAUGUAGAUUAUAGAGAGUUUACACAUUGUACUGUUAUAUGCCAACUUUGAGCUGUAUGAUAAAUCAGAACAUGCUUACAUUUAUUAAUUUAGACAUGACUUACCAAUGAGAAACCGUAAGAUGUUUUGGGUUCUUCUAUUUUCUAACAAAACUACAGCUGAACUUCUGUCAUUGACCGUAACAUGUAUGCUAUACUAUAACAGAGUAAAGACUUUCUAAGCUACUAAAUGUUAAAAUCUCAAUCACUUUGUGUUCGGGAGUCCCAACUGAGUCCCAAACAAAGUGUGACAGAACAAUAUUGGCAAAAAAGACUGGAAAAUAUCCUCAGAUGCAGAAUGGGUUUAUACUUUUAAAGAAUCUUUUGGGCAGGGAUUUGACAGGAUACUGUUGUUCUAAGGAGAUCACUUGAAACAACUGUGUUAUCAUUACACAUUCAGGACCUUUGAUGCAAGAUGUUUUUGGAACAUUAUGUAAAUCUGCAUUUUAAUAAGUAUUUUGUUAAUCUGAUGAUUAUCCAGAGAAAUGAGAUGUACCUUAGCCAAAUUUUAAGUGUCAUAGAAAAGGGUCUAAAUACUUAUCAAUGUGGUAUCUGAUUUUUGCUUUGUCAUUAUGUGGUACAGAAUGUAGAUUGAUGCAAAAUAAAAUGUGGAAAAUAAA